AUGGACAAUGGCACCACGAGCGAUGCCACGAUUAUAUCCGGCCACGAACAAAACGAUCGCGCGCAAGCCAGCAACGUGAGCAACGGCCACAAGAGAAGCCUUUCGGGCUCUCUGCUCUCCAAACUCUCCUUUUUACGACUCAACCAGGCAUCGACGCCAUCUCACGAAGCUACUCCGGUUAUGGAUCUGGAUAUGGCCAAUGACAAGCUUGCCACGCCGUACGCAGCAAGUGAAGCCACAACUGGCGCAAGAGCAAUGUCAGCAGCGAUACAGCAACAACGGAAGACACGCCGACGGAAGGGGUCGCUACGAAAAACAGCGUUAUUAGGAACAAAGUUGGAUUCGCGCGACAGGCGGAUUUCAUCGAAGUCUUCAGAAUCCCCCGGUUCCAGAUACGUUUCGGAAGCGACACGAUCUGACAAUGUCCAAACCGCUCAGGGGUCAGCCGGAUUUGAAUCCCGCGAGAGUCUUGACUACACACCAGAAGAAGUGCAGCCGAGCUGGUUUCGCACGAGCUCGACGCAGAAGACAGCUCGUCCGUCCCUCUCUCGACGCCGGCAAGGUCUCGGGCCCCAAGGCAUCCUGGGCGGCGAUGAAAUGGGCACGGACGACGAAGAGUUGAUCUCGCUUCCGCGUAUUAACACCACCAAUGUCGCUUCAGUUGGGGCAUCUUCUUCUAAGAAUGGAGGCUCUGCUGCUCUGCAUUUCCCCGCAUCAUCCGAUUACCCCUACUCUCUGCCUGCAGAGCUCGGCUCGGACGAGCCCUAUCGGUCCGUACAUCGUGGUAAAUCGUCACCCUUAGCCACGCGCCCACUGGAAAUGAACAACACGGACGAGAAGUGGGACUAUUCUGAGACUGAAUGGUGGGGUUGGAUUAUCCUCCUUGUUACAUGGCUGGUAUUUGUGGUCGGCAUGGGAAGCUGCUUUGAGGUAUGGAGUUGGGCCUGGGAUGUGGGUGAGACACCUUACGCGCCUCCAGAGCUGGAAGAUGAUCCUACACUGCCCAUAGUCGGGUACUAUCCAGCCUUAAUAAUACUGACAGCGGUCAUGUCGUGGGUUUGGGUUGUUGUGGCUUGGGUUGGAAUGAAGUACUUUAAGCAUGCCAAUAUAUCUGGCGACGACAGCUGA